ACAUUAAUUGGGUAGAUGGUUAGUGAAUGUAAAAACGUAUGUACUGGAAAAUAAAAUUAAAUAUAAUAUGUGUGUUAAAUAAUCUGUAUAUAUUUGUAUUGCAGUUAUUGGAACUGCUGAAGUUUUGAGAUGUAUGCUUUAUCAAUUGGUCGGAAUGAGAGGGCAUAUUCUAUCUCUUUCUUGCAAAGCUAGUGUUGUGAUUAUGUUUAUUUAUAAAUAAGGCGGACGUGAAUAAUGACGUCAUUAUUAAAUAUACAGCAAUAUCUGUCCCGCGAAUUAAAAACAAUAUUUCUGACUUUGUUUGUUGAGGCAACUGGUGAAGCUGUUGUAGAGUGGAUCGAAAAAGAAACUGAAACAUAUAAUGGUGUUAAACAAUACAAACAAGUUAGAUACUAUGGCAACGAGGCGUAUUUGAGGCACACUCAACAUCUAGUCGCAAACAAUGGACAAAUUCAGCUUCCAGCCGGUCCUCAAUCUUUACCAUUCAGAUUUCAAAUACCACACACAGCACCAUCAACAGUGGCAGGUGAACGAGGCAAUAUCAAUUACAAGAUUACUGCUCGCCUUAUUCAAGCUAAUAAUUCUGCAGAAGAACUGGGGACAAUCUUUGAAGUAGUUGCUCCGUUUGAUUUGAACCUUGCAAAUGACACAGUUAAGCAACCCGUAAACUUUGAAUUAGAGGAGACUGACGCAGGAUGCAGCUGUUUUUUUGGUUCAGGAGAAAUAAGUGUUAAGAUAACAUUACCAGUGACGGGGUACUGCCCAGGGCAGAUAAUACCCAUAUCCGUGCAGGCACAAAACCGAAGCGGCAAUGAAAUAAAGAAGAUUGUCUAUCAGCUUGUCGUGAAAGAAUGCUAUCGCACCAAGCAACCGAUGGCGGAGUACAUGCCUCCUGAGAGGGUCCUGGCCUCCGUGAAGUCGGGGGCGGUGCUCGGCAAGACCACGAGGAACUUCACUGUGAACCUCAAAGUGCCGGAUCUGAUUGUCCCGAACUUAGAAAACUGUACGAUCAUCGAUAUUGGGUAUUUUUUUAAGGUGAGAGUAAAACUGUCAGGCUGCGAUGACGAUCUAGAAGAUGAAUCCGAAAUUUGUCUCGGCUUGAUUCCUCUUAUUGGUUUCACCCAAGACGAGUACAAGCACCCAAUGGCUCACAGUUUGCCCGACGGGCCCAUACCGGAUCCAUUACAAGCUCCUGUGGGUAUUAAUUCUGGCGUCAUCGAACCGAGUAAUAGUCCCUACACAACUAGUCAAGUAUCUCACGUCCAGUCUUCUUAUCCGACUCAAAAUGUGCCUUAUCCAGCACAUAACGUGCCAUACCUACCUCAAAAUGUGCCUUACCCACCACAAAAUAUGCCUUAUCCGUCCCACCCUCCAGAUCAAGCUUCGACAGGUAGGGCGCCGUUUUGUGACUAUCAAAUUGGAUUUCAAGGACCGCAGGGCACAUCUCAUCCAGCACCAUAUAAUAUGCCCCAAAAUUACACUCCGUAUCCUGGACCGACUCCGGCGUCAACAGGAUAUCCAUUACACGUAACGAUGCCACAGACUUCAUCUCCAAUACAGCCGUCGGCGCCGCCGCCAUCUUCUUAAAAAAGAUUAAAACAGAAUACGCACAGAGCACUGUAAAAUAACACUUUGUAUGUGAAUGUAAUCUGUAGUGUAAAUCUGUACUGGCAGCUUGUAGUUUGUGAGUUCGUCACUAUGUAGAUGUGGAUGUUGGCUUAAUUUGUUUCAUCACUACUAUUAUUAUUAUUAUUAUUAUAAUCAUCACAAACGCUUGGACUUAUUGUUCGCAAAUGAAUAAGUUAGACCCCUUUUAAAACUUUGUUGUCACUACUGUCAAGUAUCAACUGACAGCUGUCACUGACGUCUAGAGGUCACAGGCCAAUUUUUUUUCACUGCCAAGCUGUUUAGUAGCGCGGGAUCCUUCAAUUUAAUACGAAGAGAGCUUACAAAGUUCCAAAAGUAGCGAUUUCUUUCUCAACUCAUUGGGUAUAUUACUUACAAUAUAUACACACAAAUCCGCCUUUGAUACUAGAAAUACAUCACUAUACACACCAACGUAAUUCGAAAUAUAAAUAUAAUGUUUUUGUUCAUAAUUAAUUUAAACGUUAUGAACCGUGUCUGCCAUAAAAGGGUGCUAAUCGAUCCAGCUGAUUUAGUUCAUAAGGGUAAAAAAUACUUAAAUCUAUUUUUGAAAUAUUUAUGUACUUAUACUGAUUGUGGAGACAAGACGAGUGUUUAUAAUAAUUUACUUUAUUAUAAUCGUUUGAUUAUUCAAGAUGACGCUUACCCCGGAUAAAAGUAGCUUUUAACGAGACACUGGAACUUGUGAAGACCUGUCUAUUUAACCAGGCUUCUAAGUGAAAAAUAUUGAUGUCACGGUUUUUUAUACAGUUGUUUAUAAAUUUAUAUUUCUAAUAACAAUUUUGAAGUUUUUUUUUUUACUUUUGAUAUGGAUAUUUUUACUAUAAGAAAUAUAACUUUAUUGUGCUAUAUUCUAUGAAGAUUUACUUAUAGAAAUGUUACAAAUAAUUUAGCAUUUAUUACUUAAGAUGUUUGUAUAUCCUUAAUGUUUGUUAUUGAUUAAAUAUAUAUUUCAAGGAA